AUGUCCGAGUUGUUGUCUGAUUCGUGGACCCUUGGGGAUCACGUGAUCACAGUUCACCGACAUCCGGCUGUCUGCACAACGCACUCUCAACUGGCUGCCGUCCGCAAUGCCCUGCUCAAUGAGCUUCAUCAGACGAAUGUUGAAAUCCUGAAACGCAACAAGGCCUCCGGCGCGUACUCAGACACACGACAUGCAACCGACGUCAAACUCCAUCCAGAGCCAUUGCAACCGACAGAAACUGACCUGGAUGCCCUUUCGUCCCCGGGUGCAUCCAGCCCAUCAGUUAGCGCCAAAACGUCCAACGAUACAGGGGCAGACUCGGCUGGAUUGCAAUACGACUGGAGUGCCAUCCUGGAUACGCUUGAUCGAUCGGAUUAUGUGGGCAUGUCCAAUGGCUAUUCCUAUCCACCAAAUGAAUCGGGUAGUUCGAGUGUGAAAUCGCCUUUCUCUCCAAACAGCGUGAUUCACAAUGGUAAUGGACAUUCAUCUGGUUUUUCGUCUCCGACCCUACUGGAGGAACAGAACAAAGAGACCAGAAGAGCUGCAGAACAGGCUGCUCAGCAACUGGAUGAUUUACUGAUAUCCCUGGGGCAAUUUAAAAGUAUCACUUGUUUGCGAAAAUAUCGAGGAAUUCGUGGGGCUAUGAUCGAGACCACGCGCAAAAAAAUGCUGUCCAGCGCUCGUUUUGCAAUCAUUGAAACCGAUGCGAGCGUUUGUUUGAAGCAAAAACUGUGGCCCACAUUCAUCGAUUAA